AGGACUUUCCUGUUGUUGCAGAUACAUUGUAUCACAAUGGCAGAAACAGAAUUCGAGGUUGUGGCCCCUUCCAACAUUCCACAGGUGUCUCUCGCACCGGACCAGUUGUCCCGGAAGUUCCUUAUGUGUCAUGUCUGCAAUGAGCAAUAUAACGAGGAUGGAAAACACCCCCGUCUUCUCCCCUGUCUUCACACACUCUGCUUCGAUUGUCUCAACAAGACCAAGGUUAAUGACGAGCUGCAAUGCCCAACGUGCAAGAUAAAGCACUCCGUGACCAAUGUAGACAAAGUCUGUCCACGAGACAACACGCGUCGUGACCUUAUGGAUUUUGUCAAGGUCAAACGAGCGCCGUCUGCUGUAUCCUGCAGCUCCUGUCCGUCAAACGUUGCAACGCACAGAUGCCGAGAAUGCGCCGAGUUCCUGUGUGUGGAAUGCCAAAAAGCACACGAGCGGGUAAGCGCAACUAAGGGUCACACCUUGAUCCUAUUGGAGAAGCUGAAGCAAUCACAAGACCUUGACGCUUUCUGCCGACAGUUGAUGUGCAGUGAUCAUAAUAAAGAUCUUCAGCUCUACUGCACCAAGGAUACCUGUCAGAAACCCGUCUGCAUGAUGUGCGCCAUUGUUACCUGCAAAGAAUCGAACGGACAUGUGAUCGAGAGCGCUGAGACUGUCGCAAAAGAAAGACGGAAGGACAUCAAAACCCAAAAGACGUCCAUGGAGAAGGUCGGCAAGGAGGUGGAACAGGUCAUUGGUGACGUCAAAAGUGAGCAGCGAAAAGUCGACGAUCUGCGCAAGAAGGUGGAGGGUGAGAUUGAUGAAACAUUCGACAAACUGAUACAGAUCAUUGAAAGGGGUAGAGCGGAUCAAAAGAAAGCUUUAGAAGACAGUGUCAUGACUAAACAAGACAACCUGAAAACCCAGGAGAAAGAGCUGAAAAGAAUGAAGGGUGAAAUAGAAGAAUCAAGCAAUUUCACCGAUCAGGCUCUCGCUUACACAAACGCCGCGGCAUUAUUGCAGAUUGACCAUACCAUUGACAAUAGACUGAAUGCGCUGACUAAGCAAUUCUUUGAUAAGGAGCCACAUGAGAUGGCUACUUUCGGUUUUCAUGCUAAAGGUUUAAUCUCUGAAAUCCAAAGCAAGGUUGUGGAAAUGGCUAAGGUCUGGUCCGUAUCGGCCUUCCCGCCAAACUGCAAGAUUGGGCUAGAAGAGGAACUAGAAGAGAAUAAGUCAACAACCUUUGUCGUCAAUCUGAGAGAUUUCCAAAAGAAAACACCCUUCAAAGACUGCGAUUUAGACGUAUGUGAUGUAAAGGCAGUUGUGAAAGAUCCAAAAGGUACCGAGACCGAAAUUUUGAUGAAGAUGAAACAUGGAAGCAAGGAUGAAAUGGAGGUUACUAUCAAACCAGCCAUAUCAGGACGACACGUUCUGGAAAUCAAAGUACUGGACAGAGUGGUAGUCAGAAAAGAGUUCGAGUGUAAACCAGCUGUCGUAAGAAGUGCCAGCAAAAAAGAACCACCACCGCGCAAGGAGACCACUCCAAAGAAGGACCCUCCAAUUAAUCCUAAGCCACCUGGAAUACAAAAGCCGGACUUGACCUUUGAUAAAAACAAGGCCCACAGAGAUGUAUCUAUUUCUCCUGACGGGAAGAUCUUCAAGAACCUUUCCUCUGGAGAGCAAACGGAAUUAGUCCCGAACAACAGCCGUCUGCAGAAAUACAAGGGCGCAAUUUGCUCUUCAGGUCUCCAAUAUCCCGGAAGAUUUAAAUAUGCUAUAAAGAUUGGGAUCCAUGUUAAAAAGCCUCUGGACAAGAGUAACCUUGUGUUUGAACUGGGAAUCGCAAGGAAGUCCGUCAUUGGGAAGAGUUUGGUUGUGGAGGGAGAGAAGUACGCAUGGUCGAUGAUUGGCGCGCAUCACGUGGAUUGUGACGCAAUAUGUUUACACAUUGCCCAUAACAACCACUUGCUGUAUCAUGAGGUCCUUACAUCCAAUGCCGCCGGAAGUUCCAUGGAAAGAACCUUCGGUUUUCUUUUGGACACUGAGUUUGGUCAAUGGAAAGUCUUCGACAAGAAGCUUGAGAAGGAGAUUUGCGUAGUAGAGGCUGUUGACUGCUCCGAGUUGCUCUAUCCUGUUGUUGCUGGGUACAAUCCAAGUAGCGUUGAGGUCACAGCAACUAUCGUUCAUGUUGAUUAGAACGAAAGUGCAAAAAUGAUACAAAAUAUGCAAGCCAAAAAGCAUGAACUAUACUUUUACGAUCUUGGAAGCUAUUUUUUAAAGGCUAGAAAUGGUUGAAGUGAACAUAUGUACGAUAAAAAACAUUUUUACUUUCGUUCUAGGAGUUGAUUCGUUGUUUGUUUUAUUGAUAGAAGUUUUUUUAAUUCAAUUUACUUAUCUAUGCAUAUCUUCUUUCUGUUUUCUUACGAAUAGAGGUUUUUUUUUAAUUUUCGAUUUGUUGAAGUUGAAUUUGUGUGAUUUUGGAAUUGUUUUAAUACACAGACAAAUGAUUUCUUUAUUCAUUCCUAUAGAUAGACAGUGUUAUGCACUAGAAGCUAUUACAAUCGUCCAACUACCUUGCAUAUCCUGCACACAUAUUUAAACAUAUAUUGAAAUCUUUUAAUUUUUACAUAUUAAUAUAUUGUGUACAAUCCACAUCCUUGCUGUGUGUGUACACAUGUUAUCUGUAGUAUUUUUUUUUAAAUAUCGCGGUUUUUAUCUGUUAUUUUAUUUCGAUAGAAUGAUAAGAUUGCCUUGUUUUAUGUAAAAUCAUGUUAUUUAAUUUCUUAUAUAUAAGCUAUUUAUAGGAGCAUUCCAUAAUUUUGACAUAUAACCAUAUUAUGCUUGCUUUCCAUUCAUUUAUGAAUCAUGGUGAUUUGGAUUUGAAAUACAUGUAUAUUUACUUUUAUCUCACUGAUUCAUAUGGUAAAACAUGGUUUGUCAUAUUUCUGUAAAUCUUACAAUAAACUUUUUAAAUAUUCAUUAAUAACUACAUGUACACGCGUGAAUUAGAUUUUUAUUUCAUACGAUGAAUGUUUAUUGUUUUACAAAUAUACAUGCAUAUGUCAUUUACAUAGCGUCAUCUUGUAGCUAAUACACAAAAGGGUUUGUAUUAUUGGAAAGAUUAAAUAAUAAACUAUACAAUCAAUGCC